AUGGAUACAAAUGACCACAUCGUUCAUAGAGAUCCCAUUACAUCACAAUGCUUUUACUUACCACUAUUGUUCAAACAUAAUGAAUAUUAUAUCCAAUCGUUAACUGACCCUAUUCCCUUGUUAUUAUAUGACUUAAAAAAAUGCAUGUUCAAAUCGAAGCUUUUGUUUGAACAUUAUUAUAAGACAUUCAAUUUAGAAUCAAGUAAAUGUCUCUUUUAUGAGAAUACUCCAAUUAAUAAGAUCAAAGUUAUAGGUAGAGUCUUUGACUCCCAUACCAAAUGGGUUAAAAACGUUGAUUAUAUCUUUUUAAAAUUAGAUGAUUGUACUCCAAAUUUCGACAAUAAACGAGAUCAUGAUUUAAAAUUCACAUGUUCAGUUGAAUCAGUAUGCAACAUGUUACAAAUUUCAACCUUACCUGAUUUGACUGGUCAAAGGAUACAAAUUAUUGGUUAUGCCAAAUUACAAUAUAAUGAAUUUCAUAUUAAAGAUUUACAAUUCGUAGAUACCAUGGUAUCAGAAUUAGAAUUUUGGUCGUUAGCUAUGCACUAUAGAUCAUGGUUAAUGGAACCAUGGACAAUUGCACCUGAUAUCUUGGAACCAUAUUUGUUAACUCAAGAAGCUUCCUUAGUACAUGGUGAUGAAGAUGAUGUUAUUAAUAAUUCCACUCCGAUAAGAAGAGUUGGAAAUAAAAAAAUCACUUAUAUUGAGAAAUUACAGGAUGAAAAUACAAGAAAUGAAUUGGAAAUUAUAAGCCCUUAUUCCUCUGCUAAUUCUUCCGUGAAUUUGAACUUGAAUUUGAGUUUGAGUUUUAAUAACCAUCAUGUUUCUCCAUUCAACACCGAAAAGGAACAUGAUCAUUUUAAUCACGAAGAUGAGCAAGAAGUAGAUGAAGAUGAAAAUAGUGAUAUCAUUAUAGUCGACGUAAGCCCUGAAACUUCUCUUAUGAUAAUUGAGGAUAAUAAUGGGGCAAUGACACCGGAGCAAAAUCCGUUUUAUAAACCAACUCCAACUGCCAAUGAAACUGAUCCACCUAUCACGAUAUGUAAUAAGGCAGAAAUUAAAUCAUUUUUGUUAAGAUAUUUGAUAACAUUACCCGUAAACUCGAUAACAAUGAUUGAUUUAUAUCAAAUAUCGGAAUUCAAAAGCAAAUUAGAACAACUAUCAAUAUUUGAAUUCCAAAAACAAUCAUUAUCUAACAUUAAAUCUUUCGAAGAAAUUAAAUCUGAACAAUUCAUUAAUUACAUUAAAUCAUUAGUGGCAUCAACUGUAGUGGAAUUGACUUCAAAUGAUAAUGUGAUUGAUUUAUCGAUUUUGAAAAAAGUCUCCAAAUAUUGCAAUGAAAGAUUAAAUAUCUCAAUUAAAUUACAAAAUCUUUCAAUUAGUAUUGAUUACAAAUAUAUCAAACAAAAACUAUCAUUAAAGCAAUUUAAAAAUAUGAUGAUUAUUGAAAUAUUUAAAGAAAAUAUCAAAAUCUUCACCAUGAAUACAUCAUCAAUAAUUAAGAAUUGGUAUAUCGAUUUGAAAAAUGAAAAAAUUGCAAUAGUAUAUCUAGAAUAUUAUUAA